AUGGACAUUGAUAAGCCAUCGAGCGCAACCAGCGCACCAAACGCUUAUCUGUUUGAUGGCGUCACUGACUGGCGCUACGAAAUGAGAAGAGAAUGCCAGGAAAUAAUCCCAGGCUUAAUAUUAGGACCAUAUCAAUGCAGCAAAGAUACAGAAUACCUCAGAUCCACCAACAUCACCCACAUCAUCUGCAUUCGUGGUGAGGCUGAGGCUGUUUUCGUUCGACCGAGGUUCCCAGAUCAGUUCAAAUAUCUGGUCUUGGAUGUCCGUGAUAGUGAGGAGCAGAAUCUAAUCAGAAUCUACCCACAAGCACGCUCCUUUAUCUACAACGCAUUGGAAUUGAACGGUAAAGUUCUUAUUGUUUGUAAUGGCGGUAUUAGCAGAGGCCCUGCCAUUACGAUUAUGUAUGUCAUGGAAGCUGCUCAGUUGUCUUUCGAAGAAGCAACUCAUUACGUGCAGAACAAGAGAUACUGCAUUUCACCUAACCUCGGUUUCCAAUCACAGUUGAAGGAAUUUGAAUCCAUCUACAAGGCCUCUCUGGCCAUGGCAAAUCAGCCAAAUUCCAACUUGUUUUCUCAAUCCAAGCGCAGUCUAGAAGAUGUUGAUAGCUUGGAAACUACUGACAUAGACACGCGUCCAACGCAGAAUCAACGAAUUUAA